AUGAAUUCCAGUCAAUUGUGGGAACAUUUUCAUCAAAUUUUCGUAAAUAAUUCACAACAACAAUUUGUAUCAUGUAAUGAAUGUAAAACAUUAUUGGCAUUUACAUCGACAAAUGGCACUAAUAACUUGAAAAGUCAUUUAAAUUCUUGUUCAAGAACAAAAGCACAAUUAGAUGAUUCUAAUCAAACAACAGUACAUGAAUUUUAUUCAUCGACAAAAAAAACAAAAAUUUCAAAGAAAAUUAAAUUAUCUGUAGCACAAGCAUGUACUGAAUUUUCAGCACUAGAUGCCAGAGCGUUUGAUACAAUGAAAGGAUAUGGUUUUCAAAAUUUAGCACAAGUCUUAUUUGAUGCUGGUCGUUCAUUUGCAAAUUCAUCAAUACAAGUACAAGAUAUUCUGCCACAUCCUACGACCAUCAGUAGGAAUGUUGGGAGAAUUUAUGAACAAUCAAAAGCACAACUAAUUAAAAUAUGUGAAAAAUUAAAAAGUUUUUGUAUAGUGGUAGAUAGUUGGACAGAAAAGUUCACGGGUAUAAAUUAUUGUGGUAUUGCAUUACGAUUUAUCGAUGAUAAUCAUAGAUUAUUAUCCUUUAUUCUUGGGUGCUAUGCUUAUGAUGCACCCAGUCAUUCAGCUAUGCAUUUUCGUGCUUUUGUUGAUAGUAAAUUAAAAGAAUAUAAUUUACAACUUGAUUCAUCUAAAUUUGUUGUUUGUGAUAAUGAAGUUAAAAUGUUAGCUGCUUUUCGUGAUAAUUGUACAAGAAUAGGUUGUUCCGAUCAUUAUCUUAACAAACAAUUGCAGCACGCGUUCGAAUCAACUGAAAUUCAUACAAAUAAAAAUACAAUUGAGAAGGUUAAUUGUGCAACAGGUCAAAAUGUUUUCUUUCAAGUGAAAAAAAUUGUUACUCAUGUUAGACGAUCACAUCGGCAACAACAUUUGUCAAUGAAAUUACAAAUUUAUAGUGAAACCAGAUUCAAUGGUGCUAUGUCAAUGCUUGAUAUCUUUCGAAAUGUGUUUUACGAAUUGCCAAUGGUAUUAACGAAUACAAAAUUUAUGGACAAUUACAAUUUAAUUGAUAAACAAGCACUUGAUGAUAUAUGUCAUUUUCUUCAACCAUUUGAAGAAGUUAUUGAAGCCCUUAGUGAAGAUCAACGACCUAGUUUACAUCGAGUAAUACCAUUGCGACAAUGUUUAAUUAUUAAAUGCGAAAUUACCGAAGAAGAUUCAAUAGCAACAGCUGAAUUAAAAUUAUUUUUAGCUCAUCGAAUGAAAGCUGUUUGGCUUAUUACAAAUGAACAUCGACUAGCAACAAUUCUUCAUCCAAAAUUAAAGAAUUUUGACAGCUGCUAUGAUGAGAAAGAACGUGCAAUUUCUGCAUUAAAAUUAGCAUUUGACAAAUAUCAAUUGAAUAAUUCAUCAUCUGCUUGUGUAUUAGGUUCUAAUCAAGUUAUUUCAUCCAUUGCUUCAAAUACUGAUACAAAUAUUGUAUCAUUAAAAGGUAAAAAACUCUUAACUCAAUGUUUUGAUGCAAUGAUCAAUUCUAAUAUUAAAACACCAAAAUCACAUCAAGAAAUUGAAGAUUAUUUAAAUUCUGAAUUUUCAUAUAAUUAUAAUGAAAAUGAAUGUGAAGAUGGUGAUAUUGAUAUUUUAUCGUACUGGAGGGACAAACAAAAUCAAUUUCCAGUGUUAUCAGCUUUAGCUAAAGAAAUUCAUGCUAUUCCCGCAUCCAACACCAUUAUUGAAAGAUUAUUUUCAGCUUCAAAAUCUACGGUUACUGAAAAACGAACGAAUUUGGCUUCAGAAAAACUGAAUCAGCUGCUAUUUUUACAAAAAAAUCUCACUUUAUUAAAACAACUCUCUCAAGAAAAUAAAAGAAAAAGAACCAUUUCCAUGUCAUCAACAAAUACAAUGUUAUCUGAAGAUUCGACAUGUACUAUGCCAAAACUAUCAAGAAUUGAUGAUGAUAACAAUUAUAGUAGUUCGGAUGACAUUGAAAUACUUUUUGAUUAA